CUGCGCUCCAUGCAGUACAGGGCCCGGACACCAGAGGGCGCUGCGGCACCGCGCCUCACUCCUCGGCUGGUGUUCAGUGUUCAACCAACCCGGCUGGUUAGUUAGCGCUAACUAACCCUCAUCUCACCCUGUCAGCGCUCAACCGGUCCAGCAGGAGCAGCUCAAAGUGGAGGUUUUCACCCACCGAGCAGCUGCGAGUCUGGAAACGGGCGUGACAACAACGACAACAACAACAAAACAACAACAACAACAACAACAGCAGCAGCAGCAGCAGCGGUGCUUCCUGGAUGUAGCUGUCCGCCUCCAGCAUCAGUUUACCGGAGAACCGCUUCAUCAGCAGCUUUAGUAUGAGCGAAGGAGAGGUGUUCCAUGAGAAGCAACGACUGGAGCUGUGCGCGAUCCAUGCACUCAACAACGUGCUCCAGGAGCGAGUGUUCACCAAGGAGACGGCCGACGACAUCUGCAAACGGUUGGCCCCUCAGUGCGUGGUGAACCCUCACCGCUCGGUGUUGGGGACGGGGAACUACGACGUCAACGUCAUCAUGGCGGCGCUGCAGAGCCGAGAGCUGGCGGCCGUGUGGUGGGACAAACGCCGGACGGUCCAGAGCCUGUGCAUGCCGAAGGUCCAGGGCUUCAUCCUCAACGUGCCAUCUCGGGUCUCGCUGGGCAUCGUGUCGCUGCCUCUGCGGCGCCGCCAUUGGCUGGCGGUGCGGCAGGUGAACGGACAGUACUACAACCUGGACUCCAAGCUGAAGAGUCCGGUGUGCAUCGGGGGAGAAGCAGAGCUACGGUCGUUUCUCAGCGAACAGCUUUCUCAGGACGUGGCCGAGAUGCUGCUGGUGGUGCGGCGGGAGGUGGAGGAGGACGGCUCGUGGCUCAGCGCCGACAAGAAGUGACGCCUUCGGACCGGACGAAGGAAACUCCUCUGGGAAAAUGACAGACUUUUUCUUUUUGUUUAUUGUUUUUUUUUAAAAACAAACACCUCGUUUUAAGAAAAUGUCUUCAGGGAAUGCACUAAAAGAAUCUGUUUAAUAUCGACACACAGAGGAAACCCAAAGAGAAGCAGAGGAGACGCCGCCUCCUCCACAACUGCUUGAUUGUAACAGCUGUGACUCGUGUUGCUGCGUUUUCCAGCCGACUCUCGGUACGUUUUUAAGCCGCUUUCCGCUGCAGGAACUUGUAGGUUGUUUUGGGGCGAACCGAACCUUUUGGAACCGGUCCAGUAGAACCAUUUUUAGGGAAGGAAAGAAAAUUCUGAGGCACUUUUUUCUGUCUGUUCUCUUUAACACAACAAACCUCCGUCGUUGUUUCCAGGGAUGCAAACGGCUCAUUGUUCAUCAGAUUUAACUGCUUUUAGAUCAAGUGCGUCGCCUUUAGGACUCAUGCAGGUACAAAAGUAAAGCAUGUGUUGGGUUUUAUGGCUGGACUGUUUAAUCUGAGGGUUGGUUCUGCGAUGGUUUGGCUGCAAAACAACAUUCAGAGGGAAAGAUGGUCUGAAGUGACUGAGCUGGUUUUAAAACACGUGUCUUCCUGUGUUCAGCCCCAACAUAUAUUUAUUUAAAAUGUUUUAUUCAGGGCUGCAGGUGGAUCAGUGGUUAGCA